AUGGUCCCCUCUCUUGCCUUAAAUAUUAUCCUGAUAUCAUCUUCCCUUUUACUUACUACUGUUCUUUUACAAACAAAAAAAGGUCAUUUACGUUCAAAACGUGAAAAAUCUUGGAUACUAACCACAACCGUAACCUCAGUUGUUAGCUUGGGCACUAUACCUUUUCUUUAUCAUGCCCUAAGAACUAAAUGGGAAUGGAUCGAAAAAUUCAUGCCAAAAGAAAAUGUCUUGAGCAUAAUGAUAUUAUGGAUUUUCUUAACUGAAGUAAUAACUUUAGUUUUCGUGACACCGAGUUCCCAAACUCUUGUUACUACUUCUGAAUCAACCACUUAUUCUGAAAUUUCUUCGUUAAAACAUUCAAAAAUUCAAAAUUUUUGCAUUACCACCAUAAUUUAUCUUGCAGCAAGAAUUUUAUUUCAUAGUUUAUUGGUCUAUUUUUAUUGUCAUUAUCGUAUUGGUCUGAACCAUUAUGAAUUAUUUGACAAUAAAAAUAUUUUAUCAUCAAAGUCGAAUUCUCAAAAAGAGAGAGAUUAUUCGACAGCAAGUUUAUUUUCAGUAAUUUAUGCAUUACAAUGUUGGUGGUCACGUCAAUUUAUCAAGCAACAAUUAAGUUUGAGAGAUCAAUUUAAAAAAUCAAAAAUUCUUCAAAGUAUCUUAUAUGAUCAAGAUGAAUUGAAGCGGGUAUUGGAUAAUUUACAGCAAAGUCCUAUAAAGAAGAAUUUUCGAAUGACAGAAUCUAGGAAUGAUGAUGAUUCAUAUAUGAUACGAAAAAGGUUUAAUAAAAGACAAAGAAUGUUGCAAUUACAACCUAGCGUUCCUACUAUUUUUGAGGAAGAUGAGUCUGAAGUGCUAUUUGAAUAUGAAUCUAAUGAGAUUACGAAUUCGGAAUAUGGUUAUUUAACAACUAUAAUUGAAGAGGAUGAGGAUGAAUAUGAGGAUGAAUCAGGUGAUAGUGGAUAUAAUAGUAGUAAUGAAAAAGCUUCGGAACCGUACGAUGAACAAUGCUUUAAUGUUAAAGGAUUGGACUAUUCUUCAAUUAAACAAUCUCCUCAAUUCCUUACAACUUUAUAA